CGGCGGCCCCUUCUCCUCGCCUCGCCGUUCGCCUCGCCGCCCGGUACCGCGCUUCUGCCUCCGUCCCUACCUGCCGCAGCCCCGCACCCCGGCCCGCUCCGGUUCUGUCUCUCUCUGCUUGUGCCCUCUCGUCCCAGCGCUGCACUGCGCUUCCCUCGCCGGUCGCCCCCGCAGCCUAUGGCCCUGGAAGGCGCCGCUGCCGCCGCCUGUAUUUCUGCUGUAGGUUCCCACAUCCCUCUUUAAAAAUUCCGCCUAAAAAGAGAAGACGAUUUACCAAAUCUUUCGGGCCGUUAUCUCACGGCAAAAUCUCUGAUCAAGUUUACAACUAUCCAGAGGGCUUAGGAGAAGUGCUUUAUAGAGAACAGUUCGAUUUCAACGCUGAGCCACCUUGGGAACCUAGCUGAUGAUAGUAGGGUUCCAUCUCCUAACUUGUCCAUUUUGUUGCAUAAUUUAAGGCCCCGGACCUAAGGCUUGGAAGCCCAUCCCUUGUGUUUCUUGGUUUAUGACUGUCGGCUUGGUGGAACACGGCUGAGAUGAAAGGAUUUCUCGAGGAUGCAAAUUACUCCAUCGGUCUGUUGGAUGAAGGAGCGACCCUUGCAGAUGUGAUUGACAACUGUAUUUAUGAACACACUCAUACUGAAAGAAGAGCAUUUUAUGUUGGUGACCUUGGAAAGCUGGUAAAGAAGAACAUACAAUGGCAGAAUGUGAUGGCACCAAUAAAGCCAUUUUAUCCUGUAAGAUGCAAUUCUACUCCAGGUGUACUUGAAAUCUUGGGAACCCUUGGUGUUGGAUUUGCAUGUUCCAGUAAAUCUGAAAUGGCAUUGGUGCAAGACCUGGGCAUUUCUCCUGAAAAUAUCAUCUACACAAACCCUUGCAAGCAAGCUUCUCAGCUGAAGUAUGCAGCCAAAGCUGGGAUCAACAUCGUGACUUGUGACAACGACGUGGAGCUGAAGAAAAUUGCACGGAACCAUCCCAAUGCGAAGCUCUUACUGCACAUUGCCACAGAAGGCAUUACUGCUGAUGAGGAGCUGAAUAUGAAGUUUGGCACCACUCUGAAGAAUUGUAGGCACCUCAUGGAAUGUGCUAAGGAGCUGGGAGUCCAAAUAGUUGGUGUCAAAUUCCAUGUUUCGGGCUCUUGCAAGGAGCUGCAAACCUACAUUCAUGCCAUAUCUGACGCUCGGUGUGUGUUUGACAUGGCUGAAGAAUUUGGCUUCAAGAUGAACCUGUUGGAUAUUGGUGGGGGCUUCACAGGGUCAGAACUGCAGCUGGAAGAGGUUAAUCAUUUCAUCAGGCCAUUGCUGGAGGUCUACUUUCCUAAGGAAUCUGGUGUCAAUGUGAUUGCAGAGCCUGGGUGUUACUAUGUCUCCUCUGCAUUUACACUGGCAGUUAACAUCAUUGCAAAGAAGACUGUUGAGUGUGAUAAACUUCUUCCUUCUGGAGUGGAGCAGCCCAGGAACGAUGAUGAGCCAGUAUUUACAUACUACAUUAAUGAUGGUGUUUAUGGGUCGUUUGCAAGUAAAUUGUCUGAGAAACUGAAUGCCAUCCCAGAGGUUCACAAGAAAUACAAGGAAGAUGAGCCUCUGUUUGCAAGCAGCCUUUGGGGUCCAUCCUGUGAUGAGCUUGAUCAAAUAGUGGAAAACUGUCUUCUUCCCGAGCUGAGCGUUGGAGACUGGCUGAUCUUUGACAACAUGGGUUCUGGCACCCUGGGGGAACAGUCUGCCUUUAACGACUACCAGAGGCCACUGAUCUACUACAUGAUGUCUUUCAGUGACUGGGAUGAGAUGCAAGAUGCUGCAAUUGCUUCAGACACAUUGAUGAAGAACUUCUUCUUUGUGCCUUCUUGCAUUCAGCUGGGCCCAGAAGACCGCUUUUCCACUGCAGCUUAAACAGGCAGUAACGCUUCGGUUAGACCUGCAGUCGCAAGCCUGUAGUUUGUCUGGUCAACAUUCCAGUGUGGAACAAGAGUGGAACAAUCUUGAAUUCAAUUCAUUCUCUUCAAAACUUGAAAGAAAGGAGGGAAAAAAAAA